GCGUCCUUCGAUGAGCAUUUUAUCAUAAAAUUUAUUUAAAAAAUGGAAAGGACCUAAAUUAGCUAAAAUAAUUAGUUGCUGUUCAUACGCUAAACUCUAUAUUCGGAUAAUAAUAUCGAAACUACAUAGGAUUUAUAAUAAUCUAUCGUAACUAACGGUGUACUGUGAAGUCGCCCAAUAUGGAAAAGAAAUUUUAAUUCGGUACAUAAUAAUUGCGUGGCUACAGUUGUUGUGAUAAAAUCUGUUUCCAGUGAAGCACGGCACCUUAUUCUAUGUGAAACCUAUACAGUAUACUAUGUUAAGUUCGCGAAUACGAAGACAGUAACGGUUGAAUCAGCUUUCGGCUUUUUGGUGUCGACUCAGUUAAGUAGAAGUAUGUAAAUAAACAUGAACGAAAUAGGCUUAAAGAUUGUGGAAUCUCAGUUGAAUGUGUCAGAAACCGGUGUACCCUCCGCACCCGAGAAUGGGACCGAAAACGAGGCGGAUCCUUUGUCAAUGGGCACUGAAAACGUACCCUCAAACGAGCAAGAAGCAACGAUCCAGGGUGACAAACGCGAGGAUGACUGUGAUGAUAAUGCCAAAGAAGAACCAAUAAAUGAGGUACAGGAAGGGGAGGUUGCUUCCCAACAGGCUGACAUAGAAAAAGAGGACCCCAAGGAAGCAAGACUUGAAACAAUAAAUGAGCCAGCUACUUCAUUUAUAGAGGAAGAAAGAAUUGUUGAGGAGGUUAAAGAAGAAACUGAGGUUGAGGAGGAAAACGUUAUGAGAGUAGAAGAAGAAUUGAAAGUUGCCAAAGCUGAACCUAUGGAGACUGAAGCGGAAGUAUUGGAAAUUCCAGACAAAAUAGAAAAAAACAAGAACAGUCUACCUGUUAAUGGUGAUAUUUGCAAGGAGGAGCAGGCUAGUAAAAGGAGGCCUAGUCAAGACAUUGACACUGAGUCUCCAUUGAAGAAACUAUGCCAGGAGGUUGAAAAGACAUUCCCCCAACAUGAUUCUAUGGUCAGUGAUUACAUACAGACGGCCACCAAGAACAAUGUUGAUGAAAUACAGAGGCACACGGAGCAGCUGCUGUCUGAAAUACAAACACUGCGAGAACUAGCACAGAAAAAGGAACAUGAGUGGAACAAUAUUUUACACUUGAAGAAAGUGAAAGAGGAAAUUCUUCUGAGGCUGUUGAGAAGAAAACAAGUGAUAUCCUUUGAAAAGAGUGCCGACGUGAAUGGCGCGGAACGCACAGAUCCGUUUGACUAUUUGAACCAAGCAAAAAACCUGGCCAUCGACAAAAGUGACGAAAUUUCAGGUCUCGUUAUAAAGCCACCGGGCCCAGUGAUGAAUCCCAUGAUGCAACCCCAGGUUAUGCCUGUUACGUCACACUUUAACCCCCUAUCGGGACUUCCUCCGCCGUACGACAAGGCUCAUAUGCAGGGCAUGCCUAAACCUGUUUUCCCUCAAAUGAUGAUGCCCGGACCCAUGCCAGGUUUCCCGAGAGAUAUGAACGGACAGCUCCCGACGAGUUUCGGUUUACCAAUGGGCCGUCAAGGUCCCACAAAAGAUGUUAAGUCAAUAAUAGCAGACUACAGACAGAGGAAUCCAGAUAUCACUCCAAGAAGGGGGAGACGGAUGAAGUCGAUGGUCAAUCCCAGCAUGAUGAACACACCCAGGCCCAUCGCUCCCAAGAUGGACAACAUGAACAACUUGGGCAAUAUCAACAUGUUAUUUAAUAACUUGGAUAUGAACCAGAAAGCCAUGUUGGAGAGACUGCAACAGAUCCAAGCGGGCGGCCUACCCAAUGGGCUCUCCUUCAAGGAUGUUCUUGUACAAUUUGCCAACAUGCAGCAGAACAAUAGCAGUAUGAUACCCAACAGGCCACCAGAGACGAUGACGAACAGGCCGGAGCACCAUAUACGACCGGAGAGACCGGAGAGAAGGCGACCGGACAGGCAGGAGGAGCACAAUAUACCGAUCAAGCAGGUAGAGCGGAUGGCGUCCUCCAGUCCGAGACUGCCGCCCCCCCCGCCCUACCCCGAGAUAUCGCUCCUCCCCGUCACCACCGGCCAGGAGACACCGUCGCAGAGCCAACAAAACUCUCUUCUCCACGGAAUACUAACUAAGCAGGCGCCCCCCGCGCCUCAGAGUUGCUCACCGACGUUGGCUAAACUGCUCACGUCGCCGGAACGAAAACAGAGCGCACCGCUGACAUUCGGUCAGGCCAAGAGUUGCGGCGAGAUAACCAUCACGCCGGUGCAGCCCGCGCAGCCUGAACCGCAGCCAGAGAAACCUGAAGUUGUGCACUUGGAGGAGGAGGAGAGUGGCGCGUCGGAGGAGAGCGGCGGGUCGGGCGGGGGCGGAGCUAACGCGGGGGUCGGGGCCGGGGGCGGGCGGCUCGUGAUCGACGAGGGCGGGGACGACGCCCCCACGUGCCAGGGCUGCCGCGCCCGCACCGCCAAGUUCGUGUGCGCCGGCUGCGCCAACCAGUGGUACUGCUCGCGCGACUGUCAGGUGGCGGCGUGGGACGACCACUCGGAGAUGUGCUCGGGCUGAGCUCGCUGUAGUCUGUUGCCUUAUACACGUUACACGUAGGUGAAUCUCCUAGUUAGCUCGCACGAGUGGAGUCAUCUUUGGACUGAAUCUAGCUUAUAUUUUAUACAUAAAUUUCAUCAUGGUUUACACCUUCAAGAAAGGUAAAAAGCAUCUUAAAAUGUAAAACUUAUUUAAUGUUUAAAGCCAACCUCAUAUCAAUAUCAAAAAGGAAUUUAAAUAUGAUGUACAGUAAAAUUAAUGCACAGGUUUUGACAAUCGUCUGCGGACAGACAAUCUGCAAAUUGCAUUCUAACCCAUUUUUCUUGUGCAAGAUGGUUAAAUAUAAUUUAUAUCGAUUGAAGUAUGUAUAUUCUUGUUUAUGGACGCAUGAAAAUAUUUCGUGACGUAUACGUUGUUUCUUUUUUUAAUUCAAAUUGCGCAAACGCUCUCAAAAAAAAAACUAAAUUCUAUGUUUCGUAAAUUCUGCUUUGUAUGAAAUAGUAAGGUUAGGUAGUAGUACUACUUAGUACUUACUAGGCGCGCCGCGCGCUAUAUUAGGAGAUGACUUCACUCGACAUUUAGAUGUAGUUGUAAUCGGUGAUCAUAAAUUCUCUAAGCUAAAUUUUGUGUUCCUAUUUUAUAUUAUUAUGUUCGAUUUUUGAAAUUGACAUUUUUGGCAAAGACAUUUGUGUAUAACUCAUAAAGUUAAUAUACCUAGCGGAAUAGAUAAACAAAGGCCUGAG